CAGAUAAUAAGAAACAUUCAUACUUCACAAAUUUUCGCCAAGUAUUAACCAGAACUUGUCAUUAUGCAGUCAAGAACGAUUGUGCUUCACGCCAAAAUAAUAGUUUUGAUAACCGUCACAGUAUUUAUUUCGGAAGGUGCAGCAGAUAUUUCAAGUAUUAAAGAUUUUAUUAUAAGGCCAGUUAAGAAAAGUAACUAUCGUGAGACAACGAAGAAGGCUUCCAGUACUGCUAUGGAUGUUUGGUACGGCAAUAGAACUAUGAUCGACGUUUUGUCUAAAGAGUUUUCGGAUAUCGUGCACAGAAUGUCUUCAAGACCUGUGCGCUCCCCAACUUUAUUUGCGAUAGAAAAAGGGAUCGAUAAAAUAUCAAAAACUCCAGAUUCAUACAGGGACACAACGUAUCAAGUCUCGAAAGUGGAAAUUAAUUUCUUCAAUACUUUAAACGAAACGAUUCAUACCAUCCAACUGAUGCCUUUACCACGUCCACAGACAAACAACUCGACUGUUUUUAAAGUACUUGAACCUAUACUGAGAAAACGUGAUUUCUGAGAGGAAUGAUACCUAUUCAAUGAAUAAAAAGAUAUUCAUAUGAGAAAUGAGAGCUGAUAAUUACAUUUAGUUGAUUUUUAGUUAUAUUUCGUUCCAUAUUUACGCUAAGGUUGUAUGGACUAUUUAUUAAUGAAUCAGUGGAACCCCUUAAUUUCUCUAGUGAUAAAGACUUCUACCACCUUCACCUUCUGUUGAUGAAGCAUUUCUAAUGGUACUUUCAUCUAUACUAGUCUAUACUAGUAUAUAAAGCUGAAGAGUUUGUUUGUUUGUUUGAACACGCUAAUCUCAG